AUGUGUCAAGCAUUUGCAAGUUCCAGUUCUCACAAUCCCAGCACUGAAGAAGUACAUCAUCCAGUACCCACCACCGUUCCCGAAGUGCAAAAUAUGGGAGAUGUUAAUGCUACCGCUACCACUACCACUGUCACUACCCCUGUCCCUACCCCUGUCGCUACCCCUGCCCCUGCCCCUACCCCUGCCCCUGUCACUACCACUGAAACCACCCCCCCCGCCGUACCAGAUGUACCCACUAAUGAAGGUGCCGUAGAGAUAGGUCAGUUAUCUAAUGAUGUUGUUGCUGACUUGGCCAGCAUGCCUGAUGAAGCCACUGAACAACAUGCAGUUGCUGAGGAACCCUCAGAAGUGCAAGCUGAUGCUCCAGUCGCGGAAAGUGCAGAAGAAGAAACCAUCUUAGCACCACCUAAUCUGGAUGAAAUGUUCAGUGAAGAAUCCAUUAGGAAAUUGAGGGAAUCCAUUGAAAACUCCCCAUGCUACCAACGUAGAUUAGCUGCCUAUAGAGAACAACAAGAAAGACUUGGAAAAUCUAUCGACAUCAGCCCAUCCUCACCUAUGAUAUCUCCAUUAUACAAGUUACAAUUCUUCGGAAGCUAUGCCAAGGGGAUGAUUCAAUUAAUACAAAAGAACUACUUAAUGGUUUUACUCAUUGGAUUGUUCAUAAUGAACGGUAUCCUGUUCUAUAAUUACUAUAAAGGUUCCGCAGGCAAGAAAAAAUGCAAGGAAGAAAAACUCAAAAAAAAAAUGAAAGCAAAAUGUAAGAAACUCGAUGGAGAUGCCAUUUAA